AUGGAAAAUUAUAAGUGUAUAUUUAAAGAAGCUGAUUCAUAUUCUACUUUAUCAUAUAUAUUUAGAGAUGAUAAUUGGAGCGUUAAAUAUUUUUUACAAUAUCAAAAAACAUUCGUUUUAUCAUAUCAACUACCAUCAAAUCCAAGCAAUUCUGAUUCUUUUCAGGAAUUAUAUGUACGUCAAGAACCUGAUUCUCAAAAACCAGAUCCUUUUCGAGAACCAGAUCCUUUUCAAGAAUCAGAUCUUCUUCGAGAACCAGAUCCUCUUCAAGAACCAGAUCCUCUUCAAGAACCAGAUCCUCUUCAAGAACCAGAUUCUCUUAGAGAACUAAAUCUUCUUCGAGAAUCAGAUCCUCUUCAAAAACUUAAUUAA